AUCCAUCUUCAUUAUUCCCUUUCCAACGCUCCUUUACCUUCUCUUUUUUCUUAUUUCAGGAUAAACUCUUUCUCAUUCUUUUUAUUUUCUUGGAUUUUCUAUUUUGUUGCUCAGAAAAAAAUCUGUAAGGGUCUUGAUACUUUUGUUCUGGUGCUGGACUGUUUCGUCAGGAAAAAAAACAUUUCACUUCAAGCUCGGCCUGUUCGCUUUUUUUUUUUAUUUUAUUGUUUCUCACUUUUCUCUGGAACCAAACAGUUCAAAGGUUUGUUGCCCUUCAAUUCAUUGAAAAGUGUUUUUUAAGAUUUUAUCAGUGAGACACGAUGGGAAAUUCUUCUUCGAUGCUUACUCAAUAUGAUAUCGAAGAAGUUCAAAAUCACUGCCAUAAAUUAUUCUCCCAGCAGGAAAUUGUUUCAUUGUACCAAAGGUUUUUUCAGUUAGAUCGAAAUGCGAAGGGAUUUAUAUCAGCUGAUGAGUUAUUAUCAGUUCCGGAGUUUGCAAUGAAUCCGCUCUCUCAGAGGCUGCUUAAGAUGGUGGAUCGUUUGAACUUUAAGGACUUUGUUGCCUUCUUGUCAGCAUUCAGUGCUAAAGCAAGUGUACAGCAGAAAAUAAAACUUAUCUUCAAAGUGUAUGAUUCUGAUGGCAAUGGAAAGGUGUCUUUCCAUGACAUUCUAGAAGUGUUCUGUGAUUUGUCCGGUUCGUUUAUUUCUGAUAACCAAAGAGAGCAAGUCUUGACCCAACUUUUGAAGGAAGCAGGUUACUCAAAGGACUCUUACCUAACAUUGGAUGACUUCAUUAAGGUUUUGGGGAGCUCUGGACUGAAAAUGGAGGUUGAAGUUCCAGUUGACUAAGGCAUACAUAAUACACAUGUACUAUUGGCUUUUCAAAUUUCCAUAAAGAAAACCAACCUUGUAUAGAAAUAAGCUUCAGGUUUUCCCAUUUA